GGGUGGUGGGAGCGGAUAAUAAUACCCGCACACGCUCUGAAAUAUGGAAGUACCGCAAUGUGCUUUUACUGUAACAUUUUCCUGUUUUAUGAGAAGUCGUUACAGUCCCAGCUUGCGAUGGUUUGUUUUUACAGGCAAGAAUCCCCCUUUCCCAGCGGGUUCCCUCAGCAGCUUGGAGUGUGAUUAGCAAGCCAAGACUGUUGGAUUUAUUUAAACACCCUGCCUCUCAUUGAUUAAGAAAUGAAUGGCAGAAAUCGCUCGAAGAAGGUGAAGAAAUAGUCCGCACCCGCCGCGGCCGUGGGCUGCCAGCGCGGCCACGCCCGGCGCGCCCCGGGCAGGCAGGCAGGGCACCCAGGAGGCCAGGGCGGAGGGCAAGUAGGGCAGGCAGGCAAGAGGGGAGGGCAGGGGAGGGCAGGACGGGCAGGGCAGGACGGGCAGGGCAGGGCAGGGCAGGGCAGGGCAGGGCCACCCCGGCGCGGUGCGGGGGCGCAGGCGGUGCGGCGCGCCGUGCGGGGACCUUGUUGAUGAUGAUUUUUUUUUUUUUUUUUUUUUUUAAUCACAGCAGCCCCAGUUUAGCGGAUUGAUUUACUCGCAGUAUUGGUAAAUAUGAUCACGUGGGCUCCGCAACCAAUGGUUGAGGGUUGCAGUCUGCAAAAUACUACGAUUGUUCUCCGGGAGGGUAUCAUAUACAGUUAACAGUGUAACCUUUUAUAUGACUAAGAGGGGAGCCUAAAAUGUCGUCUAGUGGCACCAUAAGUAACUAUUAUGUCGAUUCUCUCAUAGGCCAUGAAAGCGAAGAAGUUUAUGGGAGUAGAUUCGUCCAGGGAGGUCACAGUGCGACCUCCAGGCCAUCAGGUGUUGCAGAGGGUUCAGAUUUUUCCUCUUGUAGCUUUGCACCAAAAUCCACCGUGUUUUCCACCUCCUGGUCCACUGUUCACCAUCAGCCGUCUGCGGCAAUGACCGGGAUCUACCACCCUUACAUGCACCAGCCCCACUUAGGGGCAGCCGACGCUGGCCGCUACGUGCGCUCCUGGAUCGAGCCCUUCCCGGGCUUCCCGGGCGGCGGCGGCGGAGGCAGCGGAGGCAGCGGAGGCAGCGGAGGCAGCGGAGGCAGCGGAGGCAGCAGCAGCGGCGGCUCCGCGUCCAGCUCCGGCUCCUCCAACGGGCGCCACUACGGGAUAAAGCCGGAGACGGGAGCAGCCGCCUCCUCGUCUUCCUCCUCCUCUUCCUCCUCCUCCAAAAGGACUGAGUGCUCCUCGUCUCGGGAGUCCCAGGGGAUCGGUGUGCCCGAGUACACGUGCAGCUCCUUCCUCCAGGAGUCCCGGGAGAAAGCGCCUGCCGGCAGCUCCAAGGACCCCGCCGCCUGCAGCCACAACCCCAGCCCGAGCAGCGAUCUGAAAGAGGAGAAGCAGCAGCAACUAGACCCAAAUAACCCUGCAGCAAACUGGAUCCACGCUCGUUCAACGAGGAAAAAGCGUUGUCCCUACACAAAGUAUCAAACUCUGGAACUGGAAAAGGAAUUUCUGUUUAACAUGUACCUCACCCGAGACCGCCGUUACGAAGUAGCUAGGAUUUUAAACCUCACAGAGAGACAGGUCAAAAUCUGGUUUCAGAACAGAAGAAUGAAAAUGAAAAAGAUGAACAAGGAGAAAGGCAAUAAAGGAGACUAACGCUGGGGCAGAAAUGCAGUUGGGGGACUAUUGAUUUACUUUUGAGUUUGGAUUUUUAUCGGGGGUGUGUGGGUUUUUGGUUGUUGGGUUUUGGUUUUUUUUUUGUUUUGGGCUGUGGCUGCUCAUUUUUGUUCGGUUGUGUGGGGGUGUUAUUUUUUGUCUGUGUUUGUCCGUGGUUUUUGUUUGUUUGUUUGUUUGGGGUUUUUUGUUGUUUUUUGUUUUGUUUGUUUUUUUUUUUUUUAUUUGUGUUGGUUUGGUUUUAUUCUUCCUCUGCACCCUUAGGCCCCAUCCGUUCCUCCUCCUCCUGCCUCCUGCACCACUCCACCCCAGGGACUUUACAUCAAUCUUUUUUUCUCUUUCUCUCUUUUUUUUUUUUUUUUUUUUUUUUUUUUUUUUUUGUAGAAGUGAAACGUGGUCUGUGUCAGGUAUCGCAGGAAAUUUUGUCUUGCUCGACAACGUGUUUUUCAGAGUCUCUUGAUACUCCCCUUCUCCCUCCCAGACCAUUUAGAUCACAAUAUUGUGAGUGCACGUUAGCUUUGGAAACUCUAUCUGAUGUUAAUUGUUCGACAUGUUUCUUAAAAGUGAUGUAGACUAGAUAGUUAUUUUGACAAAAUAAAGGUAAGGAAAUCAAUUAUAAUUAUGGUAAUAAAAUAUAUAUUAAAUUACAGUCGCUUAAAUCAAUGGGGGUUGCUGCGCUGUCCACGACCUACUAAGAGGAAAUCUUUCCCCAAACUUCUGCUUUCUAGGUCUGAAUCCUUCGCAAUAGAUGCCACAGAGAGGCCACGAGCUGCUUCCCCCCCUUUAGUGCACUGUUAGGAGGUUGUCUCACCCUCGGAGCCGCUCGCCAUAGGCCUGACGCCUCCCGGUCCCCCGGCUAGCUGCCGUCCCUGCCCCCGGUGACUGUUGUAUUCAUUAACCACUCCGUGUCUCGAGCUGCGGACCUGUUGUAAUUGUUGUCAGUUAUUACCCAAUAAAGUCUGCCGUGACCGAACGACAGCGCUGCGGUGAGAGGAGAAAUCUGUGCGCCCCUCGCGACGCGCCCUGCGCCGCCGGCCCCGCCGCGCAUCCCCCGAGCGGCCCCCGCGGGCCGAGCGCGUCCGGCCCGGGGCUGCGCCAAAGGCCGGCCGAGCUGCCGGCCAGCAGCGCCCCCGGCACCUUCCCGUCCUCCCUGAGCGACAUUUACUGCCGGAGGUCAGCGCGGAGCGGCCGGGUAGGUGCGCGGGCCUCAGGUACCAGCGCUGUUGGAAACACCGGCGAUCCCCUGGGAUGGGUUAGGAAAUACUUCCGCACCGCUCCUCAGGAGCCAAGGAAACACACUGAUGCCUAUUCGGUUAAACAUGUUUUUUAUUCUAUUUUUUUUUCUCCUGGUGGGUCGUUUCUAUUUUAACUGGGAGCUCUGGAGCUGCUGCCAAACGUUCGGCUUUGUUGGCGAGAGCUCAUUUAGCAACGCGCCUCAUGCCUUCUGCAUUUAUAAACACACAUGACUUUAUCAAGAUAAUUGAGAUGAAGUUCAUUGUAAAAAAUGCUUUGUUUAAAGAGCAACCAUUAAAAUGAAGGACCCGUAAAUAUUUACGAGCAGUUCGGUUAAUUCAAGAUUAAGGGGAGAGCUGAGAGACCUGGUGUUUAAUGUUUUUUACCUCUGUUAAAAAAAAAAAAAAAAAAGAAAAAGAAAAGAAAAAAAAGAAAGCAAAAGCAUGCACUGCCAGGAAAAGGUGUUGCAUUGCUUCCCAUCCAUUGUCGAGAAGAUACCUAUAAUUCUUUUAAAACAGGAAGAACCGUGGUAUAAUAAAACCAUUGAGAUGGCUAGACGUCUGGACCUAAUGAGUUUACGAUAUGCUAUGGCACUUUUCUUUGAAAGCACCUUAUUUUGAUGUUUGUGUUUGUUAGGGGGGAAAAAAGGCAAAAAAAAAUGCAGACAAACUAGGUCUUAAAACCAUGGACUAUAAAUUUCAGUAUGUCAGCGUUGGGCCAAGGCAACAGACUGAAAAAAGACCUGAAGGUCAUGAAACAGAGAUUUUACGAAGUCCGCUUAUUUGUUGAAAUGUAUUUUAUUGGAUAUUCUACUGCAAUGAAUCCUAUGAUGCCAGCCUCAAUAUUUUUGCAAAUGCCCAUAGGGGGAGGGGGUGAUCUGUAACAAAAUAUAAACAGUAUUCUUGUACACGAAACUGCAUUGUGUUCAUUCCAGCAGAAGCUCUGUUAAGACAUUUUCACCAAGCCCACACCAUCUUUGAAAUAUUUUAUA